CUGAGCGGCCUCAUCCUGAAGAACAACGUGAAGGCCCAUUUCCAGAGCUUCCCCCCGCCCGUGGCCGAGUUCAUCAAACAGGAGUGUCUGAACCACCUCGGGGACAACUCCUCCCUCAUCCGGGCCACCAUCGGCAUCCUGAUCACCACCAUCGCCUCCAAGGGGGAGCUGCAGAUGUGGCCGGAGCUGCUGCCCCAGCUCUGCAACCUCCUCAACUCCGAGGAUUACAACACCUGCGAGGGGGCUUUCGGGGCCCUGCAGAAGAUCUGCGAGGAUUCCUCGGAGCUGCUGGACAGCGACGCCCUCAACAGGCCCCUCAACGUCAUGAUCCCCAAAUUCCUGCAGUUCUUCAAGCACUGCAGCCCCAAAAUCAGG